CGUUCCGCCACCCUAGUCAAAGAGUUGUCUUCUUUUGCUUUAAUCUGUCUUAUUUUUAAGAUUUAGAGAUAGAGAGAGCCUAAAAACACAGGGGAAAAAAAAAAGAGGUAAGAGAAAUGGGAGAGCUAUCGUCUCUGCGCCAUCUCUAUUUCACAAUCUUUUUCCAUUGCUUCUCUAUAUUCAUGGUGAUUCCACUCAUCCCUGAUGUUACUAUGUCUGCCCUUUGCCCCGGAAAAUCCCAAUGUGCACUAGCAAUUUACCUCACCGGAUUGCAGCAAGCGAUCACAGGGCUGGGGUCGUUUGUGAUGAUGCCUUUGAUGGGUAAUCUCUCUGAUAAAUAUGGGAGGAAGGCUUUGCUCACAUUGCCAAUGAUUCUCACCAUAAUUCCUUUAGCCAUAUUGGCUUGCAGCAGAACCAGGAACUUCUUCUAUGCCUAUUACGUGCUCAAGACAGUCACUGCCAUCUUUUGUGAAGGCAGCGUCCAUUCCCUCGCCCUUGCUUAUGUGGCGGACAAUGUUCCAGAGCGACGGCGAGCUUCGGCGUUUGGUAUCCUAUCGGGGAUCGGAUCUUGCGCCUUCGUCUGCGGGAACCUUUCGACUCGGUUUCUCUCCACUUCCUCCACUUUCCAGGUUUCGGCGUCAAUGGCGAUUGCUUCGACGGUUUACAUGAGAGUUCUGCUCCCCGAUUCAAUCAUUGAUGAAAAUCUUUGUACUCCAAUUAUGUCAACGGAGAAAGUUGAGAGUGUUACUGAUUCAAGGGAGGAUCCAGCUAGGAAGCCGCAGAUGUUCAAAACAUUGCCUUCUAUGGAGGAUGUGCUUGUGUUGUUAAAGAGCAGCUUGGUAUUUACACAAGCAGCAAUUGUUUCGUUUUUCAGCAGUCUUGCAGAUGUUGGUCUCCAUGCAUCACUAUUGUACUAUUUAAAGGCCAGGUUUCACUUCAACAAAGAUCAGUUUGCUGACUUAAUGGUGAUUUCUGGGAUUGCAGGGACAAUAUCCCAGAUGCUUCUCAUGCCCGUUUUGGCUCCUGCUAUAGGAGAGGACAGAUUACUCUCAAUAGGGCUCCUCUUUGCCAGUGCACAUAUGUUCCUCUACAGCGUUGCUUGGUCCUUCUGGGUUCCUUAUGUAGCUGCCAUGCUUUCUAUAUUCUUUGAUUUCUCACAACCAUGUAUAAGGAGCAUCGUAUCUAGACAAGUUGGGUCUUGCGAACAGGUAUUUGUUGUUGAUCAAACUCUUUUUUGGCAGCACACUGGCAUUGGUUUCUUCAAUAUUAUCUUUGUCUCAGUAAGGCAGUACUCUGUAAUCUUUAUUUUCUCGUGGUUCAACAAAAUGGUGCUUAAGACUUAUCAAGUCCCAAAUAAUGUUCAAUACUGUGGAGAAUGUCAAACAUACAUGCAGAAAGGUUGAAGGGGAUAGAAAUUGGGAGAAAAAAAAGCUUCAUCUGGGGUUGCUGAAUAGCUAAUAUGUCUUGUUCUAGAUUUGAUUCUGUGCUUGACAGCUUUUAACACAUGUUGAGGAGUCCCUCUGGCCUUAUUACCUGCUUCAUUUUGUUCUUUUUUCAGGGGAAAGCUCAAGGAAUCAUUACAGGCAUAGGUUCCUUUGCAUAUGUUAUUUCUCCCUUGGCUUUCUCACCUCUAACGGCUCUGUUCCUGUCUGAAAGAGCACCAUUUAAUUUUCCCGGUUUCAGUAUUAUGUGCAUCGCUUUUGCUUCAAUGAUAGCAUUUGCACAAAGUUUGUUCGUGAGGGUAGCUCCUCAAAUUUGAGACAAGAAAGCUGGCAACUGCAACUACAACUGCAACUACAACUGCAUGGAAUCUUAGUUAGCACUUUGAAUAGUAGGUGUGGGGGGGCCGAGUGUCCGUGUAUUCCGCGUCUGACUGUUAGGGGAUGCGCUAAACAUUGGUUGUUGUACUUCUAAUAUUGUAGCGUUGUAAGAAAAACAAAUCAUGCACUAUUCUCGUGAUCCGAGAAUAAUUGCAAACUAGUCUUUAGCACUCUUGCGUGUUUGACGUCUGCAGUUUUUAUUUAUUGCAGCCGAUGGGAGAUCCCUUCCAUCUCAGAAGGGACAAUGCCCAUACCUU